AUGGAUAUUUCUUCUUUCCCACUCUUCUUCUUCUUCUUCUCUGUUGUUUGUUUCCUCCAAGUUCACGGACAGCUUCCGCUGCCUACUACGGAGCAGCCUAUAACUGAUCACUCUGCCGCCAUUCACCAUCACCAAGUCUAUAUCGUUCAUGUUCUAAAAACAACUGCCAAAAAAUUCCAUCUUUUCAAACAAAGAAAGGACUGGUACAAGUCAUUCCUCCCUAACGACACCCUCUUCUCCGGCGAGCCACGCCUGGUGUACGCUUAUCGCCAAGUGAUCACUGGAUUUGCGGCAUGGCUUACUCAAGGCGAGUUAAAAGCCAUGGAAUCCAUGGAUGGGUUUCUCUUAGCCAACCAAAAUUUUCCUCUCCAUCACCGCACAACAUACACACCCGAAUUCCUCGGACUCGAUAGAUCGCAAGGCAUGUGGUAUGAGACUGCUUAUGGGCAAGGCCAAAUUAUCGGAGUCAUUGAUAGUGGGGUGAAACCCACACACCCUUCUUUCAGCGGCCAUGCUAUGCCGCCAGCUCCUACCAAAUGGAGUGGCACUUGCUUUUGGGGCAAACCAAUCUGCAACAACAAACUCAUAGGCGCAGAGGGCUCAAGGCGUGCCUCACCAAUCGACACUGAAGGUCAUGGCUCCCACUGCGCAGGCGUCGCGAGCAUUGCGGCCGGUAACUUUGUUGACGGCGCCAAUGUCCAUGGUGAAGCUCGCGGCACUGCCUCCGGCAUUGCACCAAAAGCCCACCUCGCUGUCUACAAGAAUGCAGGAGCGGGCGAUUUGCUUAAAUCUAUUGAAGAUGCCAUGCGUGGUCAUGUUGACGUGCUGUCCAUAUCCCAAGGUGAUAGCCCGGACUUCUACACCAGCGGUAUUGUAAAAGGUGCAUUUGCCGCAGUUACCAAAAAUAUCGUCACUGUUGUGGCGGCGCCCAACUCAGGCCCAACUGAAAGCAGCAUGCAGACCGAUGCCCCAUGGAUGAUAACCGUUGGCGCUGCCUCCACUGACAGAAGAAUUAUGACCAUUGUAAAGCUUGGUGAUGAACGAGAGUUCCUUGGUGAAUCUGCCUAUCAACCGAGUGAUUAUGACUCACCAAUAUUGCCGCUGAUAUAUCUUUUUAGAUGCUUUGGGGAGCACCUUAUUGAUAACGAU